AUGGCUUUCGUUAAUGUGAUCAAUUGUUGCCUCGAUUCCAUCAGAGAAUUAUCUGAGGAACUUAAAGGUGCAGUAGUUUAUUUGGAUGCGGGAUGUACAGAAAGUUUCAAGUUUCUUGGGGCAUUCCCUGUUCUAUUGGAGAUGGGUGUACUUUCUGUUUGCAGCUUGGAGAGCAUGUCUUCUCUUGACAUGGCGAUUGAUUGGAAUCAGAAGAAUGAUGACCUCACAAAAGUAGUAUUCUUCACUUGUCGCCUUCUAAGUGAUGCACAUCGAUACAUUUUACGAUGUCUAACCACACUUCAACAUGUUUCCCAGUGCACUAUAUACAUAUCUAUCUCAGAGACAGGUCACUCAGCUUACCCGGAUUCACCUUUAGGACCAGAUGCUUAUCAUGAAUAUCAAAUCUUACUUGUCCAAGAUUACGAGGAACUGAAGAAGAAAAACAAUCAAAACUCUAUACACAAAAAUAGCAACAAACCUAAGGAGAAUCCCAUCUUUGAAGAUGAAGGGUGGUUGCAGCUUACCCCUCGUGAAUCUGAUACCCCUAAAUCCCAACCUUUUUCCAUUUCUAAAGAUACUUAUGAUGGAGGACCUAGAUUGAUGGCUUAUGUUCAUCACUUCCCUUUGAUUCUAUGCCCCUUUUCACCAAAGUUCUUUGUGCUUCCAUCUGAAGGGUCAAUUUCUGAGGCAUAUUUAUCAGGUGAUCAAGAGAAUUCGAUUAGUUCAGGGUUGCCUCCUUUAAGUACUGGGACAUUUCAUGAUGGUGAGGAUAUACCUCCUGGGGUUGCUCUUACAGCUCAAUUUCUGUAUCAUUUGACAACAAAGAUGGAUCUAAAAUUGGAAAUCUUUUCGCUUGGUGAUUUAUCAAGAAGUGUCGGGAAGCUUAUAACUGACAUGUCUAGUCUUUACGAUGUUGGGCGUCGUAAAAAACCCGCAGGAUUAUUACUCAUUGACCGAACAGUUGACCUUCUUACCCCUUGUUGCCAUGGAGACACCCUUGUUGACCGGAUAUUUUCAUCCAUCCCCCGUAGGACCCGCAUACCCUCCGGUCCAAAGGGUACCCGUUCCCGACCCACGAACCUACUCCGCUCUCCUCUCGAUCUUCAAAUACCACUAAUUGAAAUCCUUCAAGAAAUCCCACCGAAAGACCUUCAUCUUCUACAAACAAUCGAACCUUUUUUACAGGGUUGGAGUGAUACCAAUCAACUUUCCGGGAAACUUUCUUCUUCAGAAAUCGAGUUGCUUUCCGGGUCUUUAAUCUCAACCGAAAAUUUCAACGGGACACUGUUUCUUGAAUCGAUUCUUGAUAAAAGAACAAAAGAAGGGAUCACAUUAAUCAAGAAAUGGCUUCAAGAAACAAUCCGUAAAGAAAAGAUCUCUGUAAACACAAAAAUUCCACCGGGAUUCGAACGUUUGAUUAAAUCUUUAUCCAAAAACGAAUCGACUUUCACGCGGAACAAAGGUAUUAUCCAGCUGGCAGCUGCCACGUCACACGCGAUGACCGAAAAAAACCGCGCCAAAUGGGAUUCGUUUAUUAGCGCGGAAAAAAUCCUCGCGAUAAACGCCACCGACACCACGCAAAACCUUUCAUCACAGAUGUGCGAUAUAAUCAACAAAAGUUUGACCCGAGAACCCGAAUCUUUAUUUUCAAUUGAAGACGCGUUGUUGUUGACGAUAACUGGAUAUAUUUUGGCUGGUGAAAAUUUCCCGACUUCGAGUUCAACGGGCCCGUUUUCAUGGCAAGAAGAACAUUUUUUAAAAGAAGCUAUUGUGGAUGCGAUUCUUGAGAAUCCUGAACUUGGAAAAUUUAAGUUUCUUGAUGGGUUAUAUGAUGAUCUUGAAGCUAAUUUGAAAAAGAAACGAGUGGCUAAAGAUGAUUUUGAAGAUGAUCAAUGGGGUAGUUGGGAUGAAGAAGAUGGUGGUGAUAAUAAUGAGAAUGCUUAUAGUGAUAUGCAGUUGAAAUUGGAGUUACGGGAUCGGGUCGAUAAUCUAUUUAAAUUUUUUCAUAAAUUAACGAAUUUGAAGGGUGGGAAGGGAAGGUUAAAUUGGGAAAGUGAUAAUGAUCCGUAUUCAAGAAAGGGAUUAUUGUAUAAACUUGUGACAAGAAUACUGAGAAAAGAUGAUGUACCCGGUUUGGAGUAUCAUUCGUCUACUGUUGGUCGGCUUUUCAAAACCGGUUUUGGAAGGUUUGGUCUUGGACAGGCAAAACCAAGUCUCUCUGAUCAAAAUGUUAUACUGGUUUUUGUUGUGGGAGGCAUGAAUGCCAUUGAGGUGCUUGAAGUUCAGGAGGCUUUAUUGGAAAGUGGGCGAUUGGAUAUAGAAGUGGUUCUUGGUGGAACAACUUUUCUCACUCCUACAAACAUGCUUGAUUUACUUUUAGGUGACUCUAGUUACAUUUGAUGUAUAUUAUCACAACAUUUUUGUCAUCUUUUGUUUAAAUAAUAAAUCUAAUAUACAAAUAUAAAAACGGUAUUUCCAAGUUUUGUGAUGUGCAUGAUGCUUCCAGAACAUGUUUGCUAGGGCCAUUUUCGAGUAUGUAUGAGAAGGGUAUUUAUGUCUUUCUACAAAUCAUAUACUCUUAUUCGAACGUUUGAUCGCACAACUUGUAUAUGUUUCCUAUAUUUCCUUCAAACGUCACAUUAUG